GGUUUGAAUGCUGGUGCGAACGACGGUCCUGGAUAUCUUAGUGGAUAUUGAAGUGUUUUUUUGAGCUUGAAAAAUAGACUUCAGCUCCAGACUUCAGAACGGAUUUAGAAUUUUGGGGUGCUUCACGAAGAGUUUGUGGAAUUUCGGAUAGAUAUUGGGCGUUGGGAUACCUUUUUCGAUAUUUGACUGGUGGGAAAAUCAUCAGUGGGAGUGUUAUCCUUCGCCAAAACAAACUUGCGUUAGUCUGCAGAGGGAGCGGAAGUGAUACUUGAAUUGCAGAGAAUCUCUAGCCUUAGCUUUCGAGAAAUGGAUUAAUGAGUGUUGUGUUUACUGAAAAUUAAUACUAGAAAAUCCCAACUUGAUACAGAACUGACCUUUCAGAUCCUCCGAUGCGAAAGGAAGGACGAGGUAUUGUGGGCAGAAAAUCGAUUAGAAGUGUUUCGUUCAUAUAUCGAUGCGUGUUUGUGACUAUGUGCGUAGAGGGUGAGUGGUGAGCAGCAAGUCGCGGGCAAUUUCAAACCACAGAUUAUCAAUCAACAUGUAUUGAAGUGAAUCUCGGAGCUGCAAAAUCCGGAUUCAGACGAAGAAAAAAAUAGUGUGGGCCAGUGGGGAAGAAAAAUUGGCUGAGGUUCGAUAUUCCGCAGAUGCUGCGAAAGCUGCACUUGUAAAUGUAGUGAGUUACACCGUGAGUAGUGAGAAACUUGCCACCCGCGGUGAGAAAGAGCGGGGGUUGCGAUUCUGAGAAGAUUCAAGGGAUGGUGUUAAAGCUCCAGAGCCGGUGGUGCUGCAAUUAAUCAAACAUAAAUGUCAGGCAUCCAGCCUGGAUGUCACAGUCGACUGGAAAUUGUCAAUUCCAGUGAUAGAAGAAUAAAUAAUUAAUCUAGGUGUGAUUGGAUGUUGUAGCAAGGACCCAUUUCACAGCGUUUCCGUUCGGCAGAGUUUUCCUCCCGCCACCGUACACACAUAUAUUACGUAGGUACAUCGGUUUUAUCGAGAAAAGGCAGUCGCAUGUGACAAAUUGGUUGUUCGUGUGUUUCCUCCGAGCGAUUAUUCAUACGCUGCUUGUGGUGCGGUCGUCGGUCGGUUUGUCGGCGAGUGUGUGUUCCGAUUAAUAAGGAAAGGUGGAAAAAUUAUUACCAUUGAAAGCUUGCGUUCAGCGUUUUUGUUUUGCCCCCAAGGGAGAAGAUUAUCUGGAGAAGAAACCUCGCGCCUGGUUCGAUGGAGGAAGCCCAAGAAGUGCAUAAUCCCACCCAUUAGCCUGAUGGUGGUGAGCCGGUGAGCCGAAUCGGUGGAGGAUUAGUGAACGGAAAACUGGGUCGAGGUGGCGGUGUGGUGGACUGAAAUAGACGAAGUAGUUUGGAACGGCCGGUCAGUGGACGUAAUUUCGCUGCCGUGGUGAAGAGAAUCGAAUUAGUCAAUGAGAAGGUCGCUCAUUUAGAAGAUAGGGAUGGAUUUUCGCUAAUGCAACCAGAUUGGUGCGUUUAUAGAAGCAGUGUCCUUCCUACAUCCGAACCGCUGCUGUGAUGGCGGCGAAAGUGGCACUCGGAACAAUGGCAACGAGUUCUGCGACGACAACCACUUGGGCGGCUACGGUUGCGACGGCAGUAAACUUCUAUCAGUGAAAUUCAAUUACGUCGAGUUAUCGCGUUUGUCUUCCGUUAGCUGUGAGUGGGGAAAUCGCGUGUGUAUGUGUGUGAUUUAGUUUCUGUAAAUUAAUCCAACCGAGAAGAAAGUAAACUUCGCAAACGAGUUCCAGCUGACAACGAUCUCGUGGGAUUAGAAAGCAUUACUGGCACGAAACACGACUAUUCUUCCAUCCAUCGAUUCAGUUAGUAAACCCGAGUACGAAUCACUUCGACAACAGCCAUGGUGGAAUCGGCCAGCAUGAACCGGACCAGUCCGGCGGGCUCGACGUCGAUUGUGGCGGCCGGCGUCCGAAGUGGAAUCCUGGAGACACGGGUCCGUGGGGCAUGGUACCGGGUAUCGGUCACGUUGGAAACGGACUACAUUUCGGUCAGCCUGGACGAAACAUGCGAACCGGUCGAUCACAGUACGACGCUGAACGGGACGCUCGGGAGCAACCACAGCGGCAACAACGGUUCGAACAAUUCGUCGCAGCCCUCGUCGGCGGGUGCAUCCGGGCCAUCGAUCCACUCGUCGGAGAAUCUGAGCAACGGCGGAGGUCAGAACGGCGUGACGACCCCGGCCGGAAGCAGCACACUCAACGGCGGAGGCAGUCUCAAUGGGGACAAUUUCCUCAAUAACAACAACAACAACAGCAACAGUAGCAGCAGCAACAGCAACGGCACCGGUUUGGUCAAUGGAAACAGCAACGGACUGAGUGGGGGCAUUGUGGGAGGCGGUAAUAUACUGAACAAUAAUAGUGGGGGAGCGGGCAGUGCCGGGAGUGGUAGCAACAACAACAGCAUCGACAAUGGAAUCGCCGAAAUUUGCGACGUACCUGAUUCGGUGGCGAACCAGAAGCGACAUGUCCGCGUUAUCAAGUCUGACAACAACGGGCUCGGUAUAUCGAUCAAGGGUGGUCGCGAAAACCGAAUGCCCAUCCUGAUAUCGAAAAUCUUCCGCGGGAUGGCUGCAGACAACGCCAAAGGGCUGUACGUGGGCGACGCGAUUCUGUCGGUGAACGGCGAAGACCUGCGGGAUGCCACCCACGAGGAAGCGGUCCGGUCCCUGAAGCGAGCCGGUCGGGUCGUGGAUCUAGAAGUUAAAUUCCUGCGCGAGGUCACCCCAUACUUCCGGAAGGCGAGCAUUAUUUCCGAAGUGGGCUGGGAACUACAACGGGCAUUCCUGUGUCCACUUGGUCCCGGUGCCUCAUCCCCGCCAGCAGCUGCCCCACGGAGUCCGCCACGGGCCGACACCCGCUACAUUCCCCUGCAAUUGACCCAUUUGGCGCGGAAUCUGAAAUACCACGACGCUGAGAACCGCUGCAUAGAGCUGCACUCGCCGGACGGCAUUCACUCGUGCAUCCUGCGUGCCGUGGAUCCCCAGGAAGCGACCACCUGGUUCAACGCGCUCCACUCGGCCAUCGGCAAGAGCACCCAGAAAGCGCUGCUCGACGCGAACCGGGCCUUAGCGUCAAUUAUCGGCGAGCUGAAGUUCAUCGGAUGGCUAAGCCGGAGGUGCGGUGGCGAGCAGAAUGGACGCUCCAGCUCGGAAAGCUCAGACGAAUUAGAUAAAUGGCAAUCAAUUUUCGUAGCCGUCACCGAUCGUGAAUUUCGAUUGUACGAAAGCGCUCCCUGGUCGGUGGAGGCGUGGAGUCGACCGUUCGAGUGCAGCCCGCUGGUGACGACGCGGUUGGCCGGUGCUGGCAACACAUCCACCGUAGGAUCCAACUCGACGACGAAAUUUGACUUGCAGAACGCUCAGUCCAGUGUGUUUUGCGUCCGGUGCGGUACCCCACGGGGAGUCGUCAGCCAUUGGUUGCGAUCGGAGACGAACCGGGAUAUGGCGGCGUGGGCGCGGGUUUUGGUACAGGGUUGCCAUAAUGCCAUCAUUUGUCAGCGGGAAUUUUCGUUUCGAUGCUUGUACCAGGGUCGUCCCUGCCAACUAAUCGUCCACCUGGAUCGGGGCUUCACCCUGCUGGAUUCGGCCCUCGGAAGCACCGGCUCGAAACCGUUGUGGUCGUUCCCGUUCGAUCGCUUGAAAGGGUCAGCCGACGAUGGCACCAAGCUGCUCUAUCUGGACUUCACCGGAAGCGAAGACGGCGCCGAAAUAGAACUGGACAUGGAAUGCUGCCCAAAGCCCGUAGUAUUUGUCCUCCACAACUGCCUAUCGGCGAAGGUCCAUUCGUUGGCGUAAGAGCGCCAUCAAUUAUUUGAACGAAUCUAAGAAAAAGUAUUGUAACUUUGGAUAAAGAAAAAUCACUUUUAAUGUAAUCAAUGGAUUGACAAAAAUUGUACAUAUUUAAGAAGGCUCAUCUGCAGCUGUCGGAAAGAAAUAUCACACUGUUUGUAACUACAGACACCACCAGUUGUUUAAGUUUUGU